GUUCAAACUACAUUGCCCGUGGGACAAACACCGCGAUAAACCGAACUUGAGUGUCACAACAAGCGUUGCACUUCAGAUUCAAUAGUACGGAGGCGCACGGGUCCUUUUUGCACUUCGGUUUGCAUCGGAGGGUUUUCCUGAUGUUGGCAUUUCCAUGGACAAAAUCAACCCGAACCGUGACGCACCCUUUGGGAAUGAUAGCUGGCCUUCGUCAAGUUGUCACCGGCCUCACAGAACUCCGCCGGAGAGACAAAAAGUUGUUGUGCACAAGUAUGUGCGUCGGCAGUGGCACGGGUGCGGCAGGUAUCUUCGUGAACGAGGUACAAUCACUUCUUGGAGCCAAGUUAUAGUUUUCGAAUUGUUUGUAUUUGAUCGAGGUGUAUGUGUAUUGUACAUAUUCAUAACUGCUUUCUCGAACAAGUCUCGAAUGGUAUAUCUCGAACUUAUUUGGCCGCUGCCAGCGCCGCAUCCACGA